AAAAUGCCUUUCUUUGGUAGAUCAUCACCUCGAGAUAACGUAUCGCUAUAAUGAAGUCCUCACUUGUUAUUUUCACAGUUUUGGUUGGGUGUUUCGUCCCUGCCAUACGUGCCCAGGUAGAGGGAGACGCCUGUGUCGAGAGCAGCACCAUCUACAGGCCAUCACCGGUCGCCGGCGAAUGCUCCGAUAACUUCCGAUGUCUCCGGAAUGCGUGGGUCAGGUACCACUGUGCCCUGGGCCUCGUCUUCAACCCAGACACUCAGCUUUGUGUGUUCCCGGAAGACAGCCCAUCAUGCAGCAAUCCCAGUCCUGCCAAUUUCGCCAAUUUCCUGACCACGGUUGACCAGUCGUCGGCGUGUACGUUGCCGUGUGCCGCCCACGUCGAUGCCGUCUACCCCAAGCUGUUAACGAAUCCCACUGACUGUAACGGCUUCUACAUGUGUCGCGGGGGCCGCCUGUACGAAGGAAACUGCUCCUCCUUGGGCGACGGCUUCAGCGUGUACGACACCUUCUCCAGAAGCUGCUUUUCAGAAGUGGACGAGUUCAACUUUAACUGUGCAGCGUCUCAGUCACGCUAAGAUGUCGAUGCUGCUGACGGAGACAUCCAAAGACGUCAUCGUUGAUGAGACAGUAUCACGACAUCUCCGUCACGACUACUAUGUAAGAUGUGAGAAUAAAGAUAAUGUUAAAUGUU